UGUGUCUACAAACCCAUGACAUAUACGAAGCCUUCCUUGAUCGCCUGUUUGGAGAGAACUUGAACCCCAAACCCGAGCCUGAAAGAGCAGGACUAACGUUCCCAGAACUUCAAACGAAAACUCCCUGUUACUAGGAAACCCGAAGGCAAGUCACACGAUUUUAAGCACUGUGUACCAAUCAUUCCUCAAUGCUAUGCAAACUCGCUGCGAUUGUUGCCAAGUUGGAAAAACCUGCCGGCAGAAUCCAACCGAAAGGCAAACUUAACAACCCAUCCUAUCCGCCGGGCCCCCAGCGAAAAGACUUCCUUAGGAGUCCCUGGCUCCCAGCCCCUGGACCGGCCACAACGGAGCAGUGUGCUUGGGCCGAGAACUGGGCUGGAGGGCAGCGCGCGCUGGAGCCGCGCAUAAGGGGCGAAUUGAGCUGCUCUCGCCUCGGAACGCCGCCGCCCCGGGACUGGGGAGGCUUGCAAGCCGCUACACCCCUCCCGCGGCUGCGAGCCCGCGCCCGCUCUCGCAGGGGCACACCGAGGCGGGGAGCAAGCAGCGAGCCGGGACGAUUCAAGGGACUCACCCGCUCCUCGACGCGACCAGACGGUAAGUUGCGGCACAGCUUCUGCGAAGACGCGCCAGCCCCACGCGGCGUCCGAGCCCCGGAGCGCGGAGCCUGCUCCCCCGCGGCAGACCCCGCCUCUUGGUCAAGGCCUGUCCAGCGCCACCUGCAGGUGCCGGGCGUCCUCAGGGCUCCUGCCUCAGAGGGGCAGCCCUCGGGGCGUCCCAGCGGCCAAACCGAGCGUUUCCCCACAUUGCAAGCAGGCCGUUCCAGGUGUUCUUUCGGAUGGCCCUGUCUCCCCCUGAGGCCUGCUCCUCCCGCUUUCGCUAAUCUCCCCAGGAACGAACGUUCGUGCCAUUCCUCGGAGCGGUGGUUCUCAAACUUGAACGUGUACCACCUGUGGGCCUUAUUAAACUAACGGAUUGGUGGCCUUCCCCCUCACGGUUUCCUGAUCCUCAAGUCUGGGCCUGAGAUUCUGCAUUUCUAGCAAGUUCCCGGUGAUGCUGGAGCACCCUCAGAUCACACUUUGAGACGGACUGCUUUAGAGCUUCGCCAGCCCGCUUUAAACUUAGCAAUAACUCUAUGAAGUGACUGCUGUUUACAGUUGAGGAAUCCGAAUGUGAAGAUCUGAGAGUGACUUGCCCCCUGAAUGGUACAAAUCUUGUACCCUAAACCGCAUGAACCCUGUCCCCUGGCUGAAUAGGCCCUUAAGCCCCACGUUGCCUUUGCCUCUUCCUUGCCUCUGAUAUACUAAAGCCAGCUUCCCGUACCCUAGCCCAUUACGCACUC